ACUAUUAAUGUAAACAUUACGCACAUGUAACGUGUUACAUUAAAUAUCACAAAUUUCUAAUCGUUAAGUGUCUGUAUGUAAUCGUAAUGGAAGUACGUUUGGUGGGCUUACAGGAAGCAACAGUACAUAAAUUCUGUAGAAACUUGAUAAUAGCUCUAAGGGAUAUAAACGCUUCUGACGUAUUAUAAUAUAAAUUCCGCGAGUAAGAGAGAGGCAACACAUUGUUGAUUUUUUUUUUUCUGUAAAAGAUCUUUGUUCUUUUUUUUUUUAACGGGGGGUUUGGUACGACACGCAGGGGAGAUGGACGCGUGGGGGCGAGGACGCGUUGCGCAGGACACGCAGGAAGCGAUUCGUGACAAGAAGAGGUGGGGCACGCGGCCGACUCGUGCCAGGAAGUCGCGAGCCGCUCUUCCGCAUGCGGCUCAGUCGUACCGAGUCGCCCGCGUGUCGAAGUUCCUCGCGCGUGACCGAAGACCUCGAAGAAACCGCCGCAGUUGACCCGCACACGACCCGUGACCUUGAUCGCUUCCUUUAGGGAUCACUCAAAUAAUCGAGCCUAAGAAAAGUGAAUUAUUUAAUUACUGCGAAAUUAAAUUAAUUGCAACUGGAUAAAAUGACGCUGACGAAAAAGUGCUAUCGAUGAUGGUCCAUCGAGAGGACCAUACGGAACGGAUCGUACAUUUGGUUAUUAAAUUGUGAAACAGUGUGGAGAAGAGACUCUUGUCGAGAUGAGCCGGUUUAAACGGGACCAGAGCAGAGUCUUCUGGGGUCGCAUGGCCUCGCAGGACCUGCAGGAGGAUCCCUUCUCCCGACUUCAGGGUCCACUUCAGGGUCUGCCCGAAGAAGGGCCAGAGUCGCCUCAGGAGUUUUCAUCGUCUUCUCAGGAAAAUGGCGUCGAGGAUCUCCAAGAGGACGCUAUAGAGUCGAAGGAGCUGUCCGACAACGCCACCGUCCGCGAGGUCCUUCCUGAAGAUCCUGGGGAGCGCGUCGAGGACGAGGUCGCCAGGGGAGCCGAAGAGGACCCUGAAGGGAUACAUCGCAGCGAACCUCGCGACCUGGGGCGUUUCGUGGAUUUUAGAAGCGAGGAUUCUGGCUUUUCCGAUUCCGAGAGGUCCACGAGUCCUGACGAGCUGCGUUCCAAGGAGAGGAGGUCGGGACCUCGAAGAAGACAUUGCUCGACACCCAGAAGUCGAAGAAGAAGGAGGCUGGAUAUCCAGCAAAGAGUGGACUCCCCAUGGAGGGACGGCGAGGUUCCUCCAGGUCCUUCGCACACGUCGACCCCAAAGCAGAAGCCCUGCGUCGACAGAGGCGCUCUUCAGGGUCAGCUUCCAUCCUUGAAGCGGACCGAGAAGGAGGCCGACCGGAAGGUGUCCCAGGAGAGAUCUCCUUCGACGUUCCCUGAGGAGUGCCUUGGAGAUUUCUUGUACGCCAAUGAGCCCCCCGAAGACGCGCCAAGUGCGCCUCGAGGAUCCUCUUCCUUCGGAGGAACCGGAAACGUCGCCAGGAAGGACUGUUCUUCCAGGGCCGGGGAAGAGACCCGAGAUUACAGGUCUCUGUCCGCGGUAAGAGCAUGGCUGAACGACCUGGCGGUGGAUGCCGAAGAGGAGUGCGGCACGACCCUGCAGAGCAAGGCUCUUCCCCGCAGGAAGCUGCAGGAGUCCAGGACCCUGACCUCCUUGGCUACCUCGGCUGCGACGAAGCUGUUGGACAGGGCGGACCGAUUUAACUCGCACUACAAAUACGUGAUAGAAGAGAUGACGAAGCCGGAAGAGAGAGAGGACAGGGUGAGGAAGCUCGCUCGGUCGCUGCAGGAGGACGCCGUGGCCCUGUUCGGCGAAAUGGAGGUCCCGACCAGACAGCUUCCUCUGGCCAGGGACAGGAACAGACAUGGCGGUCUCAGAGCGACCCUCGCUAGGAUAAGCGACUUGAAGGCGAAGGUCGACCGGGCGGUCGACGCGCAGCUCGACCUGUACAUAGAGAGAAUAGUGCGUGGUUUGGAGGAGGCUCCGAGGGAACUCCUGGGUGGCAGCGCAGCGCGUGGAGCUCUUGCAGCGUUGACGGCACUGGGUCUAGCAGGGUCCAGGGCGGCGAGCAGCAUAGCUAGAUGUUCAGGCAUCAAGGUCCUUCUGACGUCCCUCAUCUCCGUAAGCAGGAACUCCGGGGACCUGAGAGCAGCUUCUUUGCGCGCCCUGGCGAGCGUCUGCUGCUGUCCGACCGCCAUAAACCGAUUUGUCCGCGAGGGAGGCCCUGAGAUCAUCGUGGACUUGCUCGCAGCCGAAUCUUCCCCAGAGUCGGAGAAGAUGGAGGCCGCUGCCCUCGUGGUCCAGAUCACGGCACCCUGGACCGAGGCCUACGGGUUGCAGCACAUGGAGCCAUUCGCAGACGUCCUGGUGAGGUCGCUGAUCCAGCUGGCCGAGGCCACCACCUGUGGUCAGACCUUGCUCCUGGCUGCCGCCGCGUUGAACCACCUCUCCAGGUCCAGGAAGUGCGUCCUUGCCAUCCUGGACCAGGAUUGCGUCCGUAGGUUGCUGAAGAGUCUAAAGAGGUCCGUGGGCAGGAACGUCUGGACGAUGGAGCAGAUUGCUUCUCUUGUGGGGCAGCUGGCCAGGAUGCCGGAGGCGAGGCCUCACUUGGCUAGGGCGAGGGCCUCCGUUGCUCUGGUUUAUUUCCUGAGGAUGAGGCCUCCGGGUCUGGAGGAUGCGUACAAACGACUCGAAGAUACCGCAGCUGCAGCCUUGACGAGACUUUGCGUGGAUCCUGAGAUUGCCAGCCAGGUGGUCGCCGUUGGCGGCGCGAAUUGCCUUCCUCCAGGAGAUAAUGUCGACGAGGACGGACGGCUGCGAUACACUAAGUCCUUGAGGCUGGCCUGCAAGAAGGCUGCUAAACAGAUUAAUGUGGCUAGGGCCUACGAUAGUAGUGCUUUGGGCUGAACAGGAUUACUGUCAAAGACAGGAUAUUAUGUACAAAAUAUAUAUUUGACCCCUUCAUCGAGACAUCGGGUACCUGA